CCACACGAUCCACGCUUACACCCGCCCGGCAAUCACGCUUAUACCCGCGCCCUCCGCCUCCUCCACCGCCCCGAACUCUCAAUUUUUCAUCGUGAUUGACGCUCACACCGGAAUAACGAUCUCGCGGGAGACGCACUCACCUCGCUAUUUAACUCCGCGCGAGGGCAGAUCGAGACUCCGGCAAAUGCCGCAACAGAUAAUAUAAGCUAAGAGAAAAGUCGAGAAUUGGAUGGAAGCGUACACACAAAAUGUUUAUCUUCAAGAACACCAGUACACCUAACGUCAUAGAGUCUAAUCCGAUUUGGAGUGAGUUCGAGGUGCGAAGUCACACUCCCGCGGCCACAGCCGGUCCCGAGCAUGCCUGGAGGAUUUUCGACGCCUACAGAAAGAGCGAUCAACAAGAGGUCUCGGUGUUCGUGUUCGAGAAGCGUUCCGUGGAAAAGCUUAUUAAGCCACGUCGCAAAGAAACUAUCACGGAAAUUCUCCGGGGUUGUCCACGUUUCCUCGAAGAAUAUCGACAUCCGAAAUUGCUUCAGGUGAUAACUCCGGUGAAAGAAUGCGCGGAAACUUUGGCCUUUGCGACCGAGCCGGUCCUCGGAAGUCUCGCAAACGUUUUGGCCUACAUGGAACAGAGUGCGAUGUUGACCAAUCAGACCUCAAACUCGAUCGCCAAUCAACAAAAUCCUCAUCAGAAUCCUGGCCAUCGUCCUGUCAUGGUUAAGCAGUACGACAUGCUGGCGAUGGAAAUCAAAUAUGGAUUAAUACAGAUCACCGAAGCACUCGCCUUUCUUCACUACAAUUGCAAAGUCAUUCACAGAAACGUUUGCCCGAGCAGUAUCAUAAUCACGAAAAAGGGAACGUGGAAACUCUCCGGACUCGAUUUCAUCGAACGCUUCGAAGAGAACGGUAUGGACAGGAUGCCCUGUCAAUCUUGGACUCACAAGCUGUCAAAAAUGAUGCAACCGAAUCUCGACUACACAGCACCGGAAAUCCAGCAGCACAAAUACUGCACCAUAAGCAGCGACAUGUUCAGUUUAGGGAUGGUCAUUGCAUCGAUAUACAACGACGGUCGGUCGCUCAUACAAGCGAAUCACAGUGCGACGGAUUACCUUCGCCAAAUAGACGGCCUGGAAGCCCAAGUGAUGAGCAUAAUGUCGAAGGUGCCAGUCCCCCUCCAGGAAGCCGUGUCAAAGCUCCUGCAAGUGGAGCCCGCAGGGAGGCCUCAAGCCCAGCUUCUCGCGCUCAUAAGAUACUUCAGCGAUCCCUCGGUUCAUGCUCUACAAUUUUUAGACGUCAUUAGCAUGAAGGAUCCCAGUCAAAAAGCUCAUUUCUACAGAACCACCCUCAAAGAAGUGCUUCAUUACAUACCACGUAAAUUAUGGUACCAACACAUCUGGCCUUACCUGCAAGCCGAGUCGAAAUUGCAGGAAGUUUUUGCGGCAGUUCUUCAUCCGAUGCUGUACAUCAUUCAGCAGGGAACAGUCGAGGAUUACGAGAACAUUAUAUUACCGUCAUUCCGCGAACUCUUCUCCGCUCCCAGGCCCAUCCAGGGGACGGUUGUACUCCUGGAAAACUUGCAUCACAUUCUGGAAAAAACGCCGAGGGAAAUCGUACGCGAUGACAUGCUUCCGAUGCUUUAUCAAUCUUUCGACAGUCCCAACAUUCAGAUCCUGAACGCAGCGUACGUGGCCGUGACCAACGUCACCGACUACCUUCGAGAGGAAGGAACCCUGCGCAGAAUAGCAUUGCCCAAGCUCAUAUUCGCCUUCGAGAACACGGCGACUGACGCCCGGGUUCUGAUGAACGCUCUCCAGAGAAUCCUGGACCUUCUCGACGUCCAACAAAUCAACGACGACCUUUACCCUCUGCUCUGGGAAAUGAAGCUCCAAGAACCGGAAGUAAUCGUCCGUGCCGUUCACAUUUACAGGAUUCUGAUGAGCAACCAGAAGUACGGACUCACCUUGAAUCUGAUGGCGACGAAAGUGAUGCCGCUACUGCUUCCGGUCACCGUUAAUCCGUCCCUCAAUAUCGACCAGUUCAGCCUGCUCAUCGAAGUCCUGCAGGAAAUGCUGACGCACAUUGAAAGGAACCGUGGGAGCCAAUUAAAACUAGACAAUCUCUCGCUACCGAGUCCGGAGAGACGACAAUCGAGACACCGUUACAGCACUGAGAACGUCCACUUCAAUAUUCCUGGUUUGCGUAUAGAACAGCGAAAGACAUCGUCCGCUGAGGACAUGGCACGAAAGAAUUCAUUUGCUCAAUGGCACUCUCGUUCGACCGCAGGUUCCAUGUCGCUGGCAGCCUCGGCUGAGAAUAUGAGUAGGAAGAACUCUGUUGGGGCAUUUUUCGGUGGAUUGUGGUUUGGCAAUUCGUCGUCACAAAACGAGGGAAGCUUUUUGAGAGUAUCCAACGCUUUCCCGACCCGUCGUUUGUCCGACAACACGCUGAUGACACCGAAAAUACAAAUCGCUGCUUCCUGCGUCAGUUCCCCCGGGGGAACACCUUCCGGGGGCCUACCCAUUCGCCGGCAUUCGAGCACAGGACCUCAGGAACGACGAGGAUCGAAUAUUAAUCUUUCGCCUCCAACGGUAAUGCAACAAGGUGGUGGUUUGCCGAUAACAAGCAGCAGCGUGCCGUAUCUACUGAACUCGAGUUGGACCAGCAUAAGGAACUCGAGGCGUCCGUCAGUCUCGUCGACGUCAUCGCAGCAAGGACCUGGACUGCUCCAGCAUCUGGGCACCGGCAUGGUAAGACAACUACCCCCCAUCUGCCUCAACCUGAAUGGACCAACACCACCAACACUCUCUCCAUCAUUCCAGCCAUCGGGACAGCCUUCCCACUGACCCUUGGUUACAGUUGUCAACUGUUUUCCGGGCGAUCGUAAGCGGCUCGAGGCAGCGAAAUUAUCGGACAUUACGAGCGUUUGGAUCUCGUUGAAGCGCCUCGUAAAUUCGAUCCUAAAAUGUCGAAAUUACGAUGUCGCCAGGUGCGGUAACGAAGGGGACAAAUUGAUUUUGCAAUCGUCGUCUUAUGGACAAAACUUGACAAUCGAUGAACCGGCGGUGCCGUCAUCACGAUCUAAUUCAUUAUCAUCGUUAUCAUCAUCAGAGUCAAUGUCGUCGUCAUUAUUUGAGAAUGAAAAAGUCACGAUGAUUCAUUAUGAAAGCAUCGUGAAUUAUACGAACGUUCAAUCGACUUUAUCAGCUGGCUGUAAAGUCGAAUUGCACGAUAUCGAGUCAAGCAAUUAUUGUAAUCGAGAUUACUCAACGGACGACAAAUCGGACGCAAUAAAUGUUUAUCGAGUAGCCCAAAUUGUCGUAUAAAAAAGAGAGUAUGAGAGAAGGAAAAAGAAAAAGUAAAAAAAAAAAGCACGAAGAAAAAAAAGAAAACAAACAAUAAUCUUUAAUUAUCGGAAUCCAGAUAAAUCUUUGUGAAAAUAAUGAUAAAAAGAAUAAUAUCAAUUAAAACACAAUCACGCCACUCCGGAUGACUGACUCAAAAAACUAAGUGAAAGUAAUUCAAUGAGUAUAAAAGAGAUUUUAAGGAAAUACGAGGAUUAGAAAGAAACAGAAGUUUUCAUUCAUUUUAAGCAAGCGAACACAGAUGAGUGAAAAGAGUGUCGAGGUUCGGGGCACGAGCCGAGAUGCAAGGAAAUGUGUGUGCCAAUAACUAGAGGAAGUAUUUGAAGAGACAGAGAGAGAGAGAGAGAGAGAGGGGGGAAGGAAAAGAAACAGUCGAAGGAGGACGACGAGCUGCUCAGCCUAAAGAUUAAUUCCCUCGCUCUGAGCAUUCGUUGUCAUUAAGAAUUGGAUUUUUUUACGUGACGAUAUUCUCGUACAACAAUUUUCAAGCCCACAAUAAUCUGGAACGUUAGUGUCAUUGAGAUCAUGUAUUUUUGUCAAUUAAUAACGAUAAUAAGUGUUUUUUCUUUGUAAAAUCUUGAUUCAGCAGAACAAGCAAUCGGUAAAAUGAUAGCAGGAGCGACGGGAUUAAUUGAAGUCGAGAGAACGAGAGAUUCUCACGACUCGUAGAUUCUAAAAAUCUCGAUUAUCGGUUACGUAAUAAAAACAAAAUAACAAUCAUGGAGAUGGAUUGCGUUUAUCGAGCGAAGAAACAAUCGAAACAAUUAUUAAUGUACUGUAAUAAUAAUAAUAAUAAUAAUAAUGCUACUGAGGGAUGAACGUCAGGAGAAAUAAUGAGAAAUACGAAAAGGAUAAUCACUUAAAAAUAAAUAUAUACACGUCUCCUCGAUCUCGUUGCGAGAUAAAAUAUUUUUCUUUUGUGCCAGCCUAGCUGUGCGAGCACGAGUCGAGGAUGUAAUAUUAAUAUUUUAAAUAUUAAAAGUCAUAGAAUGAGAAAUUUUAUCGAAGACGAAAAAAACAAGCUAAUUUAACGAAAUAAACUCUCGUGUACCUUCGACUUGGGACGGCCUACAUUGAAAUUAACGAUCUUUCUAUAGUCGUUUUCGUUUAUUGAAUUUUAUUACGCGAGUGGCCAAGCUGUCGAUCUUUAUUGAUAAAAUUAUCGUUAAUAUUAUUAUCCUCAUUUACGAUGAUGAAUAAAUUGACUUAUUGAUCGAUAUUAAUCGAUCAAUGGAACGAGUCGCGUUUCAAGUGGUGUAUGAUCGUCAAUUGCUGUAAUUUUAACACUAUAAAGCUGCAUCAACACAAUCACUAUUUUUAAGUCGUGCAACGUUUUUUACCAGCGAAGACUCUUUUUAUUCGCUGUUUUAUCGAUUACAAGCUCAAAUUAUUAUCAAGUUCUAUUUAAAUUUAGACUCUCGGUGGAAGCUUCUUCUCCGUGAAUAUGAAAUCACGCUCAUGUCCACAUUUUUCUUAUUUGCUCUCCAACACUUUUCACCUAUUUCGUACACGAUUCGAACAAAUAAUAUUCGACCUGGAGUUCCCAUCGACUCCACCAAUCACUCGUGAUUCUCUGCACUUUUAGAUAAAUCUUCAGAUUAUUCGAAAUGGAAGAGCUAUUAGGAAACUUCUCAAUAAUAAUGCUAAAAAAGGAGGGAAGGGAAAGGACGAAACUUUGGCAAUCUCGUAACUUUUGAUGCAAUCUAUUUCCAGUCUCAAUCCCCUCCAACGAUUAAACUUUAUCGACAGACUGUUAAAUAUUAUAAAUAUAUUCAAAUAUCUUCUAUUACGUAACGAUAAUAAAUCAUUGCAUUUCUAUUAGCAACUCGUAAUGUAUAAAAUUCGGUUGGCAAACAUAUACAUAUGAAUAUAUUCUCUAAUUAUAUUCCUCUUUUCUGUGAUACUAUCUCGAUCUUUCUUCUUAGUGAAAAGACAAAAAAGAAAAAUAACAAAAAUAUAUAUAUAUAUAUAUGAAAAAAUAACAAAAUAAGAAGCAAACAAGUUAACGAAUAAGAGAUUAGAGUACGAUCGGUGUUGGCAAUCUGCACGUUCGACGUAGCGUGCUUAUAUUUUCGACCUUUCGUAACGAUAACGUAGAUACGAGCACCCUGAGACACGUAAAAAACAACGGGAAUAAUGAACGAGCUCGUAAAAAGAUGGAAACAGCUGUAACUCAUCACGACGCGUACAUAAAUAUUCUUGAAACUUUUCGGCGAGUGUGAUGGCCUACAUAGAAACCCUUCGAAAGCCUUCAGAAUCUUGGCAAUCUAAUGAAAACACAAUAAUACAAAAAAAUAAUAACCGUACACGCAGCGCAUGGCUUUUUGUACCUGCAGCAUAUAGAGAACGAUAUUUAUUUAUCUACCAGAUUAUUUAUACGUCAGAUUGUUAGUGACAUGCGUCAGGAGAUAGAAAAUAUUGUACAAUUUUCACAGACGUACUCCCAGGAAUGUUUUUGAGGUCCGGUAGCGAGGUCGUUCGAAAUUCACUCUGUUCGAUGCUUUCUCGUAGAAUAUUUUUCGCUGUUUAUUAGAAACGAUCGAAUUACUUUUUGGCCACGCGGAAUCAGAGAAUUUCGAUCGUCCGAGAUCGAGCACUUUGCGAGAAAACUCGUACAAGAAUUUUCCUCUUUUUUUGCUCUUUUUUGGGGGAAAAAAUACGUCACGUAUUCCCAUGGUUCAGCAGAGCCUCGGUGACGUAAAAUUCGAUCAAACUGCCUGGUAUUUUCCAGUCUCGAACUCGCGAUCCGAGACUCACGAGUUUCUACAGGCAGAUACGUUUUUUUAUCGUUUGUCUGACCACGAAACAAGCAGUCGCAGUAACUACUUAGAAGCCUAUUGCUCUCGAAAACAGUCUUGUGCAUAGCUACGUCAAUAAAUCCAUGGAGAAAUAUAUCGAAUGAAGCAUAAAAGCAAUCUCGAACGAGACACAUAUGGCGAGUGACUAAUUCUGUGCUUAAACAAAUAGAUAUUUAUGAAUGUUAUCGAUCGACGUGAUCCUAACGAUGCACGAACCUUUGGGCUCCAGUUUAUUUUCAUUUCGUGCAUAUACGAUGGCAAUUUAAGAGGAAAUACGAUCUGAAAACAAUCGUGUUUUUCACAUUAAAGUACCUAAAGUAAAGUCUAUCGUUGUUGAAACUUGCUAGAAAUAUUUUUGUGCUAAAUCACUUGAAAUUAUUGCGUGUCCAGAUUUAUCUUGUUCUAUAACGACAACAAAACGAUCGUAUGGAUAAAGCCAGCUCGUCACUUACCCCCAUGGAGCUUCAGUGACAGCCAAACAAACUCUAAAAGUAUCUUUAUAAAAAAAUGAAUGGAUGAAGCAUCGUCACCGCGUUUGUGACUCCACGAGCUUUUGCCAGCCCAUUCAGAGAUACUUUUGACCACUUUUCUUCUGAAGCUUCCAUGAGGGCAGAUGACGCGAAGAAAUUGUGCGACUUUGCCCUCUCAAUUCGAGGAGAGAACACGAACGCAGACAUUUUCUAUUGCAACAAAAUAAAUUCGAACGAAAAUCCACAGAAAAUUUCGACAGUCACGUGAAAAAUGUGAACCUUUCAUGAUAUUCACGAUUAAAAGUGCAGAAAACAAUUGAAAUGAGAGAUAAAAGAGAAAUGGGAAAAAAAAUAGAAAGUCAAAUGAAGUCAAACAAAGUACACACUGAACAUGAAAUUAUGACAAAAUUACUGUCGACUAAAGCAAUAGAAAGGGAAAGAAACACGUAGCAUGUAAAAAUAAAUAUUUUGCGAAAUGAGCGAGCGAACUCAGUGACGUUUUGGAACGCGGAGACAAGAAAAUAAAUGAAAGAGAAUAAUGAAAGAAAAAUAUAUAUAAAGUUACGUGGUAUAACGAUAUAUCAUAAUUUUUCGAAGACUACAAAAUUAAGUGUCCUUAAUAUAAGAUUAACGCCUCUGCGAAGCGUUUUGGUGAAUUUAACGGGGCACCCUCGAAGAGUUUAAGUGAAUAAGCAAGGAAAACGAGGAUCAUAAUUCGUGUGGGAGGAGAAGAAAACUAAGAUGAAAUCAACAGCCUCACUGACAAUCAGCGACAAUCAAUUCGUAAGGCUCACUAAAUGGGGGAAAAAUAAAAUGCGCGAAAUUACACAAAUGAAGGGGGUUGCCCCUGGGAAAACGACUGAAACGAUUAACAGAAAAUUAUAUCAGAAAAUCCGCUUCUCGAGAAUCAAUUUCGAGGUCGUUUCCGGUUUGCGAGGAAGGGGGCGUCCGGCGAAUCACUCGAGUUUUUCCUCUUGAUUUCUCGCAAUGCCGGUAAGUGAGAAAACUGAUCGAGCGAUUGCGCAAAAAGAAGGUUAUCGGAAUUCACACGACUUGAAAAAAAUUCAACAAUUUAUCUCAGUCGGUUAGGAAAUAAAUUUAAUUGAAAAAAAUCAUUGAAAACGAGAAUUGGAAGAAAGUGAACGAACGAAAGAAAGACAGAAAUUCUCGGAUUUUGAGAACUUUGGUGGAUCCGAAGUUGAAGAAUCAUUUGAAUAAAUACAUUUAAGGUGUGAUCGACUAUACAAAUGUAUAUUUUGUAUAAUCACGACAGAACGACGACGAAUUUCUCGCGCGUGAAUAUGAAUUUGCUAAAGGAAAGAAAAAUUUGCGAAACCGGAAGCGCACCGGACGAGAGGUCGUCGGGGCGAAAUUUUUCUUCUCUUUCUCGAGAUCCCUUGACUGUGUACGUUACGUAUGUAGAAAAUAAAUUGUAUAGGUGCUGGAUGUAUGGUAUCAAAUAAAUGUUAAAUACGCUGAAAA